GUACUUCGACCAUCAUGCCAUUAAUCUUGGACAUUUCAAGAAAACUUUUCGCGCGGUCAGACCGAGUCAAAUCGGUCGAUUUCCACCCUGAGGAGCCGUGGCUCCUCGCCGGUCUGUACAAUGGCUCGGUGCACAUUUACAACUACGAGACGGAGGCCUUAAUCAAAACUUUCGAAGUCGCAGAGGUACCAGUUCGAUGUGUUCGGUUUAUUGCACGAAAGCAAUGGUUCGUGGCGGGUUCCGACGACUUCCAACUGCGCGCUUUCAACUACAACACGCAUGAGAAAGUCGCAGCUUUUGAGGCCCAUCCGGACUACAUUCGUUGCUUGACUGUUCAUCCUACGGCGAGCAUCGUGCUGACAGGUAGUGAUGAUAUGACAAUCAAGGCGUGGGAUUGGGAAAAGGGCUGGAAGUGUGUCCAGGCAUAUGAGGGCCACACUCACUACAUCAUGUCAUUGGCGGUCAACCCCAAGGAUCCAAAUACGUUUGCGUCUGCGUGUCUUGAUCGAACUGUGAAGAUAUGGUCCCUUGGCUCCUCGACACCAAACUUCACCCUUGAGGCACACGACAAAGGCGUCAACUUCGUCGAGUACUAUCACGGUGCAGACAAGCCAUACCUCAUUACCACUGGCGAUGACCGGUUGGUGAAGAUCUGGGACUACCUGUCGAAGAGCUGCAUCCAGCAACUUGAAGGGCAUACAAGCAAUGUCAACUUCGCCAUUUUUCAUCCCAGUCUCCCCAUUAUCGUUUCCGGUUCCGAAGACGGCACAAUCAAAAUCUGGCAUGCAACUACUUAUCGCCUGGAAAACACGCUGAGCUAUGGCCUGGAGCGAGCAUGGUGUGUUGCAUACAAGAAGCAGGGGAAUGAGGUCGGCUUUGGUUUUGACGACGGUUCAGUGGUCAUCAAGUUGGGCCGGGAUGAGCCCAGUUACAGCAUGGAUGCAUCUGGCAAGGUUAUCUACGCCCGAAACACUGAUAUUCUCACCGUGAAUCUGGGCGGCACGGCCGAGGAAGGUAUCGCUGACGGUCAGCGGCUGGCAAUCCCAGUUCGAGAACUGGGCAAUACCGAAGUGUACGCACAGAGCAUUCAACACAGCCCCAAUGGCCGGUUUGUGACCGUCUGCGGCGACGCCGAGUACAUCAUCUAUACCGCUCUCGCGUGGCGGAACAAAUCUUUUGGUUCAGGUUUGUCCUUUGCAUGGGGUAGUGACUCCAACCACUACGCUGUCCAAGAGACCAAGACGAAGCUCAAGGUAUAUCGAAACUUCAAGGAGAAACCAGGCCCAGGUUUGAAGGGUGCUGGCGGCUGGGCAGUCAAUGGUCUGCAUGGCGGACCACUUCUUGCAGCACGCGGUGCUGGCUUCGUCGUAUUCUGGGAUUGGGACACGAGCGAGAUCGUUCGGAGGAUCGAGGUAGAGGCAAAGGGUGUCUACUGGUCUGGCACAGGCUCCCUUGUCGCAAUCACAUCCGACGAUGGCUUCUAUGUCCUGCGUUUUGACCGUGAUGCCUAUCUGGCCAAGGUUCAGGAAGCUGGAACUGCCGAUCUAGGCGACGAGGGUGUUGAAGACGCUUUUGAUCUUGUGACUGAAGUCUCAGAGAAUGUGAAAACUGGCAAAUGGGUGGGAGACUGCUUCAUCUACACCACGGCAGCAAACCGUUUGAAUUACCUUGUUGGCGAACAAGCACACACCGUCAACCACUUCGAUACUGCCAUGUACCUGCUCGGCUACAUGCCUGCCCAUAACAGGAUUUAUCUCGCCGACAAGGAUGUCAACAUAUACAGUUACGCGCUUUCGCUGGCGCUCGUUGAAUAUCAGACCGCCGUAUUGCGGGGCGAUAUGGAUAUGGCUGCCGAGAUCCUUCCAACCAUUCCUGCAGAUCAGAAAAAUAAAAUAGCGCGCUUCCUGGAGGCUAACGAUAUGAAAGAGCUAGCCCUUGAGGUUUCUACGGACCCAGAUCAUCGUUUCGACCUUGCUGUACAACUCGACGAUCUGGAGACCGCGCUGUCCAUUGCCCAAUCAUCUCCAAAAGCGGAAGCCAGCAGCAAGUGGCGCACGAUCGGUGAUCGAGCAUUGGCAGCCUGGAAAUUUGGCCUCGCAAAGGAGUGCUUCCAGAAAGCAGAUGAUUUCUCUGCCUUGUUGCUGUUAUACACCAGCAUUGGUGAUCGGACUGGGCUGCAGGCCCUCAGCAAAUCGGCUGAGGAGAAGGGAAUGAACAACAUCGCUUUUGCUUGCUACAUGCAACUAGGGGACGCGCAUGCAUGCGUAGAUCUGCUCGUGAGGACGGACCGGAUACCCGAGGCAGCGCUUUUUGCACGCACAUAUGCACCUAGUGAGGUGCCGAAAGUAGUAGCAGCCUGGAAGGCUGAUUUGAAUGCUCAACACAAGCCAAAGAUUGCCGCAAUGAUUGCCGACCCAGAAGAACACCCAGACCUAUUCGAGGAGGGCUGGCAGAACGCAGUUGCAAAGGAGCGGGGCGAGGAGGUGGAAGAGCCAGUUGCUUCCUUGACGAACGGUGUGAAGAAGAUCGAGCUGACUAAUGGGACCCAGGCGCCUUUGAACGGCAGCGCACAUCCAGAGUCCGAUGUCCAAAAGCAGAAGACUGCUCCUAUACCCGGUGAUGAGGACGGGGACGGGGACGAGAGCUAG